UUUUUUUUUAAAGAUCUGAUACAAUGACAGGUCUGCUCAUUUUGAUAACUUUGAUAGGAGGUCUUUGUUCUGUGAGUGUAGUUUGCACAUUGGCACAUUUCGAUAACAAAGUGGAGGUCAACUGCUCUGAAACAAAUUGCACAUGGACAUAUUUCGAUAACGAAGUGAAGGUCGACUGCUCUGGAAGAAAUUUGACCAGUGUACCAAGGUUUAACGACAGUGUCACUUAUUUAGACUUGAGUCACAACAAAAUCCUUUCCAUUCCACCAGUGAAACCUUUCCCUACUGAUAUAAAACAUCUUGACAUUUCGUGGAAUAACAUUAAGCAAUUGAAAGGUAAGUCCUUUGGAUUUUUACCGAAGUUGACAUACCUGGAUUUAUCAUAUUGCAACUUACGCGACGUUGACAAAGGAGUCUUUGGAGAGCUGGAUAAUCUACAAUACCUUAAUAUUUCAUACAACAGAGAAUUAGGAUUUGCAUCUUUGCCUAAUAUUACAUUUAACCUAAACAAAACAAAGAUUUUAUCAUUAAACUUGAAUGGAAUCAACUGUGCGACUGGCGUUGGCACUGCUAUUUCCAAAAAUCAAUUAGAAAACAUUCGAACAACCAAUCUAACAGAAUUAUUUCUAGCAAGCAACAGAUUGGAGCUAUUUGAAAACGGAGUGAUUUAUCACUUACCAAAAACUAUCACUGCAUUUUCUAUAGCAGCAAAUAAACUGACUGUUGGGGAAUAUCUUAUCGAAAUGCACACAAUGUCAAACGUCAGAGUUAUGAAUUUGAGUUAUCAACUGCACCCACAAGCAAAGUAUCCUUCCUCGGUACUAGAUAAUUGCAAAGAAAAGGUUAAUAAAGAAACUGAGAAUCUGUUUGAUAAUUUCGAUACCAAAGUAUUUUUUAAAGGUAUAAAUUUGAGUAUACCUUUACCCCCAAAACUAGAAACAUUGUAUUACCAAUCGAGCAGACUUCUAAUAAAAAAUCCAAGCUUUUCUAUUUUAGCGCCGAGUCUUCGGCAUAUUUAUCUACAGGAUAAUUUUAUUAUGUCUAGCAAUGGUCAAAUACGAUUCAUAAACAACACCGUUACUAUAUGUGAUGUUUCAAACAAUAUGUUUUCCCAUAUUCCAGUAAAUAACGGACGUCAUGUGAAAUACUUGAAUAUAUCAAACAAUAGGUUCGAUAACAAUUUUAUUUCAGAGCAACGUGGCGAAAUAUUUGAAACACUUAUUAGUCUAGAAGUAAUAGAUAUGUCGUUCAAUAACAUUUUCUCGCUGCCAAAGCUAUUGUUUAAAAACUCAAGGAAAUUGAUGUAUGUGAACGUCAGUAACAACAGGUUGUCCGAUUGGUUAGUGGAUGUGAGUGAAAUGUCUGAUCUAAGAUCGAUAGAUCUGUCCGACAACAAAUUUACAACACUAGGUGUCAGUGCCCGCAAUCAGUUUGAAAAGGCAUUCGAACGCUCUAAUCUGACCAUCAAUUUGAUUGGAAAUGGGUUAGCUUGCACCUGUGACAACCAAGAAUUUUUACGUUGGUUACAAGAACACAGAAAACACUUAAUAAGCUUUGAAAACUUUACUUGUACUACAAAGGAUACGUCUUUUGAUUUCAAAAGCCUAGGAUCUUCUUUAACCAUCUUAAGAAAACAUUGUGCGUCGUAUUUAGGUUUGUACAUUGGUUGUGCAGUAACUCUUGCAGUAUUUUCCAGUUUUAUCAUAGGCGUAAUGCUUGUGAAAAACAAAUGGAAAAUACGUUAUUUGAUUUACAAAUCUAGACAAAGGUUUGGAUUUGUUAUUCCAUUCAAUAAACAUUUGCCAACCAGCAUGCAUUAUGAGUAUGAUGCCUUUCUUUCCUACAGUGGACGCGAAUUGAUGUUUGUUCUCAAAGAAGUUAUACCUCGGCUCGAAGUAAGCAAAAACAUAAGACUCCUAAUAAGAGACCGGGAUUAUUUGCCUGGCAUUCCAAAGGUUGACAGCAUUAUGAGCAGUCUACAAGAAAGCAAACGGGCCAUUUGCAUUGUGUCCAAGAAGUAUUUGGCCUCUAAAUGGCGUGACUAUGAACUAAACAUGGCGAAAGUAGAAGGCAUUCAAGAUCGUGGAUCUCUUGAUUAUGUCAUUCUUAUACUGUUACCAGAGGUGUAUAAUGGUGAUCUUCCAAGUAAAAUCAUGGACCUGAUUCGGAAAGACCGCUAUAUUGAGUAUCCAAUGGAAUCGUGCGCUUAUGAUGAUUUCUGGGAUCGGCUAAUCAAAAUGAUUGAAUAG